AUGCUAUACGCCAAAAGCCGUGUUCGUUCAGUGGUGGUGUUUAAUGAUGUACUGAACUAGCUCGUUUGAACAGAGCGAACGAAUGGAACGACUGCUAACAAACUGUUAUUGCGCUGUAAAUAAACAAAAUGUGUGGUCGAACUUGUUUAACACUUGAUCCGGAUCAGGUAAUAUGCGCAUGCAAAUACCCUCCACACAAUGAAGUGAAAGACAAAAAGGAAAUCAAGCAGGAAUUCGUAACACCCGAAUGGCGCGCAGAGUUCAAUUUGGGAAGGCAUUAUCAUGCCUCGUAUAACAUAGCGCCUACAGAUAUAACACCCGUUAUUGUCUCUGCGGCUCAUUUCAGUGAGGCUAAGGAUCAACAAUCUGCCCGUGUUGUUAUGCCCAUGAUGUGGGGCAUGAUCCCCGCCUGGCACAAGGGCGACUAUCGUAAGCAUGGGCUAACCACAAACAACUGUCGGCUGGAGCACUUGAUGGACUCAAAACUGUAUCGCGGCCCGUUUAAGCGCGGUCAGCGCUGUGUUGUUGUAUGUGAAGGUUUCUACGAAUGGCAAACAACAAAACCAGCGAAGCCAUCGGAUCGAGAGGCAUAUUUGGUCUACGCGCCACAGGAGUCGGACGUGAAGAUUUAUGACAAAAGCACAUGGUCGCCGGCAAAUGUGAAACUAUUGCGUAUGGCUGGUCUAUUCGAUGUAUGGCAGGACGAGAGCGGCGACAAAAUGUAUAGCUACAGUAUCAUUACAUUCCAAUCUAGCAAGAUUAUGUCCUGGAUGCACUACCGCAUGCCAGCGAUUCUCGAAACAGAGCAGCAAAUGAAUGACUGGUUGAAUUUUAAGCAUGUGAGUGAUUCUCAAGCCUUGGCUGCUCUGCGUCCUGCUACGGCAUUGGAGUGGCAUCGCGUUGGUAAAUUGGUUAACAAUUCGCGGAACAAAAGCGAUGAAUGCAACAAGCCAUUUGAGUUGGGCGCCAAGCCGGAAAAGCCAAAAGGCAUGUUGGCCUGGCUAACUGGCAGCAAGCCACAGCAACAAAAACAGAAACACAAAUCCACCUCCACAGUAAAGGAGCAGCCCCAGCAGAAUACCAACAUCGAUGCCAUCAAACGCAGUCCAACUUCACCGCAUGCUCAAAACGCCGCCAAGCGGCCACGUUGCGACAUAAUUAAGACAGGAGAGAGCGCUGAUAUUACGGUCAAAGCAGAGCCAGCUGACUGUUAAAAU